AUGUGCCCCGUGUGUGGCAUCCAGUGCCACCUCUUUGCUUCAGGGUUUUGCUCUAGCUGGGAUUUUGUUGAACGAGAAGGUACAUUAGUGGGUCUAAAUGGGAGGCCAGCAGGCGCACCUACAACCGUGAGGAGCCUUUCCUAUCUUAAAACUACUAAAAGUGCAGGUUGGUUGUGGUGUUUGUCUUCUAACCUGUUGCUUUGCUCUCUGACAGGACCCGUCGGGGCUCAGCCCCUGCUCAUGGUGCCCAGACGGCCUGGCUAUGGCACUAUGGGCAAACCCAUUAAACUGCUGGCCAACUGCUUCCAAGUUGAAAUCCCAAAGAUUGAUGUCUACCUCUAUGAGGUGGAUAUCAAACCAGAUAAGUGUCCUCGGAGGGUGAACAGGGAGGUGGUGGACUCAAUGGUGCAGCAUUUUAAAGUGACAAUAUUUGGGGACCGUCGACCAGUUUAUGAUGGGAAAAGAAGCCUUUAUACAGCCAACCCACUUCCCGUGGCCACUACUGGGGUGGAUUUGGAUGUGACAUUACCAGGAGAAGGUGGAAAAGAUCGUCCCUUCAAAGUGUCAAUAAAGUUUGUUUCUCGGGUGAGCUGGCACUUGCUGCAUGAAGUUUUGACAGGAAGAACCUUGCCUGAGCCUCUGGAACUAGACAAACCUAUCAGCACUAACCCUGUUCAUGCUGUCGAUGUGGUGCUACGACACCUGCCCUCCAUGAAGUAUACCCCUGUGGGCCGCUCCUUCUUCUCAGCUCCAGAAGGCUACGAUCACCCCCUGGGGGGGGGCAGGGAGGUCUGGUUUGGGUUCCAUCAGUCUGUCCGGCCUGCUAUGUGGAAGAUGAUGCUCAACAUUGAUGUUUCUGCCACUGCCUUCUACAAAGCACAACCUGUGAUUCAGUUUAUGUGUGAAGUUCUUGACAUUCAUAAUAUUGAUGAACAACCAAGACCUCUGACUGAUUCUCAUCGGGUAAAAUUCACCAAAGAGAUAAAGGGUCUGAAGGUAGAAGUGACUCAUUGUGGAACGAUGAGACGGAAAUACCGUGUUUGUAAUGUAACCAGGAGGCCUGCAAGUCAUCAAACCUUUCCUUUACAGUUAGAAAAUGGCCAGACUGUGGAGAGAACAGUAGCACAGUACUUCAGAGAGAAAUACAACCUCCAGCUGAAGUAUCCUCAUCUGCCUUGCCUGCAAGUGGGACAGGAACAGAAACACACCUACCUGCCUUUAGAAGUAUGUAACAUUGUGGCUGGCCAACGGUGUAUCAAGAAGCUAACAGACAAUCAGACAUCAACUAUGAUAAAGGCCACAGCAAGGUCUGCUCCAGACAGGCAAGAGGAAAUAAGCAGACUGGUGAGAAGCGCGAAUUACGACGCGGAUCCGUUUGUCCAGGAGUUCCAAUUCAAGGUCCGGGAUGAGAUGGCCCACGUGACGGGGCGCGUGCUGCCCGCGCCCAUGCUGCAGUACGGAGGACGGAACAGAACAGUGGCAACCCCAAGCCAUGGAGUUUGGGACAUGCGAGGGAAGCAGUUCCACACUGGUGUUGAGAUCAAAAUGUGGGCUAUAGCUUGUUUUGCAACGCAGAGACAAUGCAGAGAAGAAAUACUGAAGGGUUUUACAGACCAGCUGCGUAAGAUCUCCAAGGACGCAGGGAUGCCGAUCCAGGGCCAGCCCUGCUUCUGUAAAUACGCCCAGGGUGCAGACAGUGUGGAGCCCAUGUUUCGGCACCUCAAGAACACCUAUUCAGGCCUUCAGCUCAUCAUUGUCAUCCUGCCAGGAAAAACACCAGUGUACGCGGAGGUGAAGCGUGUGGGAGAUACACUAUUGGGAAUGGCCACGCAGUGUGUUCAAGUCAAAAAUGUCAUUAAAACAUCUCCACAGACCCUUUCAAACCUGUGCCUGAAGAUUAACGUUAAAUUAGGAGGAAUCAAUAACAUCCUUGUACCUCAUCAGCGACCUUCUGUGUUCCAGCAGCCAGUGAUCUUUUUGGGAGCCGAUGUCACUCACCCUCCUGCUGGAGAUGGAAAGAAACCUUCCAUAGCUGCUGUUGUAGGUAGUAUGGAUGCUCAUCCAAGCCGAUACUGUGCCACGGUGAGAGUUCAGCGGCCCCGGCAGGAGAUCAUCCAAGACCUGGCCUCCAUGGUGAGGGAGCUUCUCAUCCAAUUCUACAAGUCAACGCGCUUCAAGCCCACACGUAUCAUCUUCUAUAGGGAUGGGGUCUCUGAAGGACAGUUCCGACAGGUUUUGUACUAUGAACUGCUAGCAAUUAGAGAAGCCUGCAUCAGUUUGGAGAAGGAUUACCAGCCUGGAAUAACCUAUAUUGUGGUGCAGAAACGACAUCAUACACGGUUGUUCUGUGCUGACAGAACAGAAAGGGUUGGACGAAGUGGCAAUAUCCCAGCUGGAACAACUGUAGAUACGGACAUUACACAUCCAUAUGAGUUUGAUUUUUACCUCUGCAGUCAUGCUGGAAUACAGGGUACCAGCCGUCCCUCACACUAUCAUGUUUUGUGGGAUGAUAACUGCUUUACUGCAGAUGAACUUCAGCUGCUGACUUACCAGCUCUGCCACACAUACGUGCGCUGCACACGGUCAGUUUCUAUACCUGCACCAGCGUAUUAUGCUCACCUGGUAGCAUUCAGAGCACGAUACCAUCUUGUGGACAAAGAGCAUGACAGUGCUGAAGGAAGCCACGUUUCAGGACAGAGCAAUGGCAGAGAUCCACAGGCCCUGGCGAAGGCUGUACAGAUUCACCAAGACACCUUACGCACGAUGUACUUCGCUUAAGUCAAUAAAAGGGGAGCGUGCUCGCUGAAAGGAAGAACUGACAAAUUAAGCCACAUACAAUGUAUGUUUCCAGUGAGGUUGGUUUAUGGGGUGCGCCUCCAAUCGUGCAGGGGCGAGAGGCUGACCCUUAAAUUGACGCAAGGAAGAUUGUUUACUUCACCGAGGAACACAGCACUAUUAUGCAAUAUGAAACCAGCCAACUGCUUUCGUGGCGCGGUCUCCUGUAGGAAGCACCGCCAUCAUUUUCCUUUGUUUUUUUUUAAUUUCUCGUAGUUUAAACCCUCUUAUGCCUUUACCUCAAGUUGCUCGGCAGCACAACUCUCUUUGCAAAAAAAAAAAAAAAAAUUUAUAAAUAAAUUUAAAAAAAAAAAAGAUGGUGUAAUUUUAAAAAAGCAACCUGUAUAAGAACAGUCACAGUGAUUCUUUGGGAGAGAAAAGUGUGCAAAAAUUAUUUCUUCGCCCAGUUGAGGAAUCUUUCUCUCAGUGUUGCCAUCAGCAUUCGAAUGCGAACAUAUCUGAGUACAUCUGAAUGUACAGCACUAAGUAGAAAAAAAAAAUCGAGGGGAGGGAAGAUGUUUUGCACACUAAUCCAAUCAUUUGAACAUAGUUUAGCCAACUGCUGCCUUUCUUCACAGCUUUGGAGUCCUCAGCUCCAACAGUUCCCUUUUAAGAAGCAAACAAAGCUAGUGGUGUUACUGCAGGCAGUGGUGAUCCCAACUGUUCUGGCUCCCUGGUGACUUUACUAAAGCUGCUGUUUUACCUAGUCCAAAAGUUUCAAUUAUUUUCUAUCUGGCAAGUCAAAUAUCUUGAAGCUUCAUGUGAGGUUGGGCGUCCCAGGCUUUAUGGGAUGGCUACAGUAAACACCAGAACUGAAACUUUAGAGCUAAGGUCUUCUUGACAAAAGAAAAAUGCUAGUUUACUUGCUGCCUCUCACACCUUAAUGUGAUUUCAUACGUACGUGUUUUUGAAGUUUAGCUUCCUUUGUUUCUUUUAUAUUUAUUAGAGUAAUAAUAAUGCUUUAAUUUAAUUAUUACAGAACAUAUGGUCGACAUCAACUUUUAUUUUUUAGAAAUGUAACCAUGUUUAUUUUUAAAGAACUGACAACUUGUUUUUGCUAUCUUUUAGUGCAAUAAGCGUUCGAAAAGAAAACAGUGUCCAUUGAGCUGUACCAGAGCAGUGUUUGUACCACUGGCUGUGGGAGAAUGGACACCUCCGAUUUUAAAAGGACAAAGUAAAAGCCUUAAUUUUGAAAGGAAAGUUUUAUAGUCAGAAGGAAUCUCGGAUUUUCCUUUUUUAAAUCAAAAAGUAGCAAAAAUGCUUCUGGAACUCUGCAAGCUUCAGCGCUCGCUGCCGUGGUUUGGUUUAACAAAGGAACCGGCCGUAUUUUUGGCUUUGAGACGUGGAAGAUAUUUGAAGUAAACAAAUAGAUUUUUUUAUUAAGAUCUAAGUUUUUACAUGCUUAAUUAAAUCUAUUUGACAUCAGUAAAAUGUCUGGAGUUAUUAAAAGUUUUUAGGCUUUUUUCCUCUUUGAUAACGACUUUCCUUUUAAAAUUAAGUUAUUGGUAACUUCAUUUCACUUUGCAAAUAAAGUAAGAGGGCUGGGAUAGUUCUACCUUUAAAUCACUGAAAUGUGAAACAAACAAACGGGACUCUUUCAUUCCACUUUAAAGGUAAACCAAUAUUAAGAUGUCAGAGAUGAGCAUUUAUUCUGCGAGGGGCCUGGGAAGUUUUGCACUUUGUAAACUCGUGAAUUGCAUUUUUUUGACUGUUUUUUAUUUGCACUGGUUCAUAGUAUAUAUACUGCAGAUCGUUUCUAUGGGCAUUGCUGUUAUCCCAGCCCUUCUGAACCCCACCUGCUCUCCACAUGAAAACCAGAGGGUCGGUAAAGCAGCUUUAUCUCCCGGCGUUCUCACGAUGCGCUCUUUGCCAAUAUGCUGUGUUUUGAGCCUAAAAUCUGAGCCCGUUUUGCUUCAGCAGGCAUGACUCUCCCCAUCUUUUCUGCCAGAAGACAAAGUACUGUAUUUUGUGCAUUUGUAUAUUGUACUGAAAUGUAUGUAGUGCUGUUCACAACGCUGUCUCAGAGAGCUCUGCUCGGCAGUUGGCGUGUAGGCAUGCUUUAUCUCCCAGUACCAAGGAAGGGAAUGCAGAGACUAACCUUGCACCAUUACCAUUGCACUGGAAAUAGUCCUGAGGGUGGGCAGCUCCUGUGGCUCGGGGAGGGGGGGAGGAGCUGUUGGGAGCACUGGAGGGCGGUGGGGUUGGGGUUAACCCUGAGCCCCCCGUUGGGCUGCAGCUGCAGGGUGGCUCAGCCCUGCUCCAGGCUGCAGGUGCCCACAGCGCCUCGAGGCAGAGCUGCAGGGAGGUGGUGGUGCAGCUGUUGGAGCAAGGAGGGCUCCGAUCGAUCUCUGAAACGCUGCUCUUGGUUGGUGGCCCGGUAGCUCUGCCUUGGAAGAGCUCUAGCUAGCAGUGCCCUUAAUAAAAGGUUCAGGUCAGGCUUUUGACAGAAAGCUGACGUUUAAAGAGGAGUAGACUUUUUUUUUUUUUAAAGUAAACUAUUUUACGAAGCCUUCUUGCGGAUUUCUGGCGUUAAGAUGAAAAUUGCUUUUUAAAAACUCUUUUAAUGCUCCUUUCAGAGAUGCUGUGCCCUUCUCAUCCUGCCCACGCUCAGUGACUAUGACCCGAGAGGCUUUUCGCUUUCAACUCUCACCAAAAAACAAAGAAACUUCGUUGGGAAGGUGACUUAGAUGCUAGCUCGACAGCUGGUUUACCUGGUUUUCAUGUGAAGAGUACGUGGAAGUUUGAAUCUCUCUUCUUGGUUUUGCAAAUAUCUACGUAAAGUGCCGAUACUUAUUUGUAUUACAAUAUCAACUUACUGGCGUUGUGAGGGCCACACAUUUAUGAUGCUGUAGCUGCUAUAUUUAUUUAAAUGGAGAUGGACAAUUACUGCACUAAGGAACGAGGAGAUAAGCAAGGAAUCAAGGUUAGUUAGAUAUCUUGGGUUUUUUUGUUUUGUUUUGUUUUUUUCAAAAGAGAAUUAAUGGUGUGAAAUAUCAAGUGUAACAAAGGGUGCUGUCAUUUUAACUGAGAUUAAAUAGCCAGAUAUUCUUCCUUUGUUUAAAAGCAUAUAUAUUUUGAUGUUUGCAGUUUGGGGGUUGGGGGGUCGGGAUAAAUGGUACCUCAUCUGUGGUGGCAGUUUCCGGUAUAUUUUCAGAGUAUAUGGAUUUCUUUUAUUUUUGUACCUGCUCUCCUUUUAAAAAAGACAAAAAAAAAAAAAUAAUCUCAAAUUUUAUGUGCUGUGUGGGGAAAUGUCGAGUGGCUCUCCAGGUCCCCUUCUCUCUGGGAGCCGACUGUGGCCGAGGGCUGCGCUUCUCCUCCCUUUGCAGACGUGCUGGCCUCGUGCACUGCCCAUCUGGGUGCCCGGCUCCCACCCUGCAGACACUGUACCAGUUCACCAAGACCUCGUUUGUACUCAAGUGCCACUUCCUGGUGGGAGCUGCAGUGCUGGUACUGUGCCAAAGCUGGGCUGUGCUGAGCCCUGCGCCGAGCACUGGGCGCUCCAAAGCUGAGAGGGAGCAGGGCAUUGCACGGGGCAUUGCACAAGGCAUUGCACGGGGCAUUGCACGGGGCAUUGCUAGGAGGUGUGUUAACACACAGCAUCUGCUGGCAGAGCGACUGACCCCACGCAGGAGCUUCUCCUGGGGGACACUUCAGCUGUGGCCGUUUUACUCAGGAUUGCUGUGUUACUGUUAAAUGUGUAAUUUGGUUGAACGUGUCCAAAAGUUAUUUCUGUAAGGGGUUCGUUCUGGCAUCCUUCUGGAAGUUUGGCCUUAGAAAUGGUUUUUCUGGAGUAAGAUGGGUUUCUGAAAGCUGUCAGUCAAAUUAUUUCUAGAUGCCAUUGGUCCUAAACCAGUUUCACUUUGUGUACCGAUUUUUGUCCUUUAAAAUGCUCAGUGUGAGACACCAGAUGCUCACCUUAUCUGUACAAAUUCCAGCUACAAAUACUGGCUUUCUCCUAGUCUGGAAGUUUGCUCUGUUGAAACUCCAAGCUCAGCCUGCCCUUCAAACAGCUUGAGGCCUUUCUAUUUCUCAAUGUUCCCUUCUAAUAUUCCUCUUCUAAUAUUCUCCCAGUUCUGUGAGUUGAGGGUUUAGGACCUUCCUCAGAGCACUUUUAUAACCUAGGAACCCAAAGCUCUGCUGACGUACCUUGCAGUUAUCCAUUCCAUUUUCAGUGCUGCCAUCCAAACAGCCAUCUCUGUCCCUUCAGUGCUGUGGAGUUCUGCUGCUGAUUGUGAUGGGUUGAUUGAAUCUGGUUGGAAAAAUCCAUAGGGAUGUGAAAGGGAAGGAUCCCAGUCUCUCCUUUUCCUACCCAAAGAUGGCACUUUGCAUUGAUAUUGAGUGUUAGGACGCCCAUUUUGUUUUGGCACGUUUAAGUAAGACAUCACCUAGCUAAUUGACUCGUUGUUGUGACCCUGGAACUGUAGAGGUUAGAGCUUGAGCUAAUGGCUGCUUUCUGCUAGCAAAAAGUUCUGUGUUUUUCAGUAGCUGAGUUACAAAUGGAUGUGUACGGGGUCCUGCACUUCACCUCCUGGGCAGAGUCCCAUCUCUGUAACACUAAAACAAAACCAUUUGUCCCUCAGUAGGCAGAGGUGUGUGCAGAAGGGCAGGGGCUGCAGGGGAGGACAUUGAAGCAUCAGUACUACAGAAAUGCGUCCUGCCUGCCCUGGCCUUUCUGGCUCUGUGUGAGUCCCCCCUCACCGAACACGGGUAGUUACUGUAGGGUCCUUCAACAACAAAGUGGUUCUGUUUAAAAUUUGGAGUGAAUUUUUUAUUUUUGAGCAAGACAGUCCUCAGAAAGUGCCUUUUUAGAAGACGGUGCUGUAGAUUUUAUUUUCCAGUUGUACGUGGCUGAACAUUUAAGAUAAAUAACUGAAAAUGCCAAGUGUUUGAUGGUACCUUUAGGUACUUUCAGGCAUCAGUUCUCUGAGUCAGGACCAAGCAUAACCAGGAUGGUGGUUUCCUUUGGAGGGAAAGGCAUUGGGGAGCAAUCACCAAAUGCUGCUGGGGAGGAGCAGCUCGGAUCCUUCUCCGUGCAGUUUCCCCCUUGACACUGAGGGGAAGGCAGCAGCAUGGGAUGCCGUGGCUGGAAGGUGCUGUCUCCUAGGCAUUCCAAACUCCCAAGGACAAAGCAGAUGAGCUGAGCGCUGUCUGGAGAUGUAGGGAUGGUCAGUGCUGCAAGCAGGCGUCGUGUGGGUUGUGUUCCUAAAGGUGUGGUGUGCAUUUGUGCUUGGGACUUGUCAUUCCUAGCUGGGAGAGAGAUGCUGUGGGUCCAUGGUGAGCAUUCCUCCCGUUGGGAAAAGCUGUCAGCUAGACUAUUAGCCACUGCACCUCAGUAACCUUGUAAUGCUGCAUUAAGUAAUAAUAGCAAAGUUCUGCUUUGAUGACACUGUCGUGUGCUUGCGCGUGCCUGCAAAAAAUACCUUCUUUCAUUUUUGUAACGCUCUCAGUUGUGGUUACCUGCCUGCUGCUUGGUGAACUGCAUCCUUUUUGGGGUGUUUCAGUGUGGUGGUGGUCUGCGUGUCCCAUCUGCGCGUUGCUUUUGGCUCUUCUUUUUAGGUGGGAAAGGUUUCUUAGUGUUUGUUUUUUCUUCUCUGAAGUCAGCUUGACUCUACGGACGCGUUUGAGAAGAGAACAAACAGGACAACUCAAUAGACAGGCUGCUGUAUGGGGUACUUCGGUUUUAAGUUGGCUGUUAAAAUGAAUUUGUGUUCACUUCAGUCACUGUUGAGGCAGUAUUGGGCGUUGCAGAGGUCAGGAUGGUUUUCAAUAUCAGCUGAAGCAUAAAAUUGUGCUUUAAUUGGGAGCAGUAGAGCUGCAGGCAUACACUUGUACCCAGGCAUUUCCUAGGAGUGAGCAGAGCUUCUUCACGUCUGUUGAGCAGAACAGGAGCCAUGAAAUGUUUGGGUAUGCAGUCCUGCAGCGGGGCAGAGCCAUGCUGGGGCUGUGACACCGCUGUGCUUCACAUCCAUGGCAGAACUGUUGUGUGCACUGCCCUAAGCUGGACACGAGAGCAUGGCUUCUUCUGGCUGUAGUUCAAGGCAGCAGUGUUCCUUUUUGUUCAGCAGCUUUGUUUUAGAACAGCACUCAGUGCUGCUUCCUUCGUGUUUAAGCUUGCGGUGAUUUGUUCCUGAUUUCUUACUGCUGUUAGGCUGGGAUUUAGAAAGCAUUUUGUCAGCCUCGGUGCUGAGCCUGCUUUCUGUAGCAGCCAUUUCUGUCUUUUGGACUAAAAAGGGCCAAAAAUCUCGUUCCAUCAGCUGGUUUGCAGCAAUGCUCUCCAUCUCUUCCCCUGCCUGUGAACCAGAUUACUUUCUCUGUGCUUAGCCACUACUGAAGCUGUUGAGAUGUGUACAUUCCUGUCUCCUCUUUCUAUACGUGAUAAAUGUGAUCAAAAGCAAUGAAACAGAGCUGUGUCUGAGGGUGGUGGUUCCUGUUGGGUGCAGAUCCCUGCUGAGAUGGGCUGUAGCACAUGAGGGUUAACUGCAAAGCAGUGUCUGUGUGUUGCAGGGUGUGUGAUGUGUUAAAGCAUCCAGCCUGCUGCUGAAGGUGUAGAUACUGAAGAGGCAAACUUGUUUAAAAAUGAAAACAACAUCAUUCUUCCUGGCAAAGUUUCUAUAAUCAGUACUGCUCGUAGUAAAUCGUGCCGUGCUGGGGUUAAUCCAAAGCUGAAAUGACUCAGCUGUUUUAUGUUUUAUGAAGAGGAGGAGUAGAGAUGGUGACUGUGCUGUCAAACCCAUAGUAAAAAGCUGGGAAGGCAGGAAAGCUGCCUGUACUGAAAAGCUCUAAUGCUGCUGGAGCCAUCUGAACUUGUCCCUUUGCACCCACAGUUUACUCGACGCCCCACAACUAACGACUGCAAAAACUAAGAGAUGAGGAAAAAGCUUUUUUCCUGUAUUUUGGUAAGCAAGAGUGCCUGUGCACCUCCACAGCCGGGCUGAGCAGCAGUGGCAGUGCCUGCGACAGCCGUGUCCUUCAAUCCCAUCAUCUGCGUUCUCUAAAUCCCAAAGCAGCCUUUCCUGGUUCAAAACAGAGAGAUUCAGGAGGUGGGUGGUGUUCCAAACAGCAGAGCCAUGGGGUUCUGUGAGCAGCUUGUGACCCCUUCACAAAACACAGAUGCUCCAAUGGAUUUCUGGCUGCGGUCUUUGGGUGGUUGGCACAGAAGCCACUGAGGGAGCUCCCUUGUUAGCUUCGGUGUCCUGGGCUGCUUGGGUCAGACUUGAACUCGUUGAGAGCAAGCAUGUGCCUUUUUCUGAUCCGAGACAGAAGCUGGAGGAGCUGGCAAUUCCCACCGGUUGAUAGUGGGGUCAGUGUUCUUCUUGAGCUGCUUUUAAGGCUUGGUCAGGAUGGAGUUGGUUUUGUGUUGAGUUACUUAAAGGGAGCCCUGAAUUAUUUGUGAAUGUAGCUACCCAGAGAAAAGAAGCUUUCAAGUAAAUGGCUUCUGGAGAGUAAUGUCAUCAAACAAACAUAUUUCCUGGUAGAGUUGUUUUGUUUUUUUUUUAAAUGUAACACUGAUACGUUUCUCUAUAGAGAACCAUUAAUUCUGCCUUUAUUUGAAUGUUGCCUGUCCCGUAACGUCUCUGCUGUGCUCCUGCAGCUUCCCUGCUUGGCUGUAAGGACCCGAGGAAUGUUGUUGGCGGAGGUUGGGAAGUGGGAACGUGGUGCUGAGGGCUGAACAUCACUGAAGGUGACUCUUUAAGGAGCAGCUUGCCAGCAGCUGAAGGUGCUGAUGUGUGCACAGCACUGGGAUAGGAAGGCUCAGCGGAGUGCUGAGGGGAGAAAUGAGCCUCUCCUUUCACACCCAGGUAUGCAGUGAAGGCUGCUGGGUGCCUCGGGUGCUGGUUCGGGCUCCAGGCUGUGAGUGUGGAUUGUCAGAGACUAACAGAAGAGCUUUUCAAGUUGUUUUAUGCAGUGUUGAGGUUAUCCAGCCAGCAGCUCUGGCAUCGGCGCUGGCUCUGAGAUGGGUUCCCUCCCUGAUUUCAGGGAAUUGCUUUUUGCCUCAGACUUUCUGCCCUAUCUAGAACACACACAGGAUGACAUGCGUUGCCUUAUGAGAGCCAACUGCUGUGUUCUGAGGAUCAGCCACGCUGUAAAGUGCUGAAUUCCUGAUACAAACCUGUGCGCCUUCUUGCCAGUCGCUGUUUGAAGUCUGUCCAUCCGACACAGCCUGUGCCCUUUGCUUUAUCUCAGCACAGCUGGCCCGAGGAGCUCCUUGGGGUCGGUCCCACCGUGUACACUGCUGCUUUCUGUGACCUUUUUUGCAAAUUAGGAGAUGAGUUGAUUCAAAUAAAAGGUUUUCUUUACGUUGCUGAGAAUCUCAGAGGUCUUUCAAAUACAUUUAGCAGUUGAAAAAUGAGUACCUACCAUAAUACUCUCCAACAACACAGAAAUAUGAUUAUCUUGAGAUUAUCUCACCUGAAUCGUGGCUCCACAACCAAUUUUGAUACAGUUGUGCAAAAAUUAGGCAUUAAAAUAGUUACUAAUCGUCUUUCAUAGUGCUAACACUUGCAAAUCUCUCGAGUGCAUUCAGAAAGUUUAUUUGGGCAUCUCACAGGUUAGUGCUUGCUCAGCUCAGCUGGCCAAGCAAUACCCACUGGAGCAGUGCUGCAGCUAGGGAGCCUUUGGUGUUUGGAGCAUGCCAGCAAAGCAGCGUUUGUGUGCAGUGCUCUUUGAGAGCAGAGAACGGAGUGCUGAGCAGAGCCGCUGUGUGAGGCUGAGAUGAAAUUUGGCUGCUGGCAACUUGCACACAACUGCCUUCCUCAGGGGUUUGGUUGUGUGCAUCACGGCCUCCUGUGGCUGUAGCUUUCAGUUUCCUUUGGCUUUGAUUUCUGCUCCUCAGCAGAGCGCUGCCUUUCCUGCACUUGUCAGUGUUCAACCUGUUGAAUCUCGCCUUGAGAAAACUCCACGUUGUUUUCCUGUAGGUAAACCUGCUUCUAAACAGUUGCAUUUCUGCUCUGCUCCACAGGCAAUCCUGCAAAGCCUCAGCACAGCAAUAGCAUUGACAGAAUGGGUGCUCAGUGAUCUCCCAGCCGUGAGCAGAGGCACAGUGGGGCCUCGCCGUGCAGCUCUCCUGUCCGUGCUGCUUUGUUUCCUCCCUUGCUGUGAGCAGUUAGGCUUCCCCAGGUGCAUGAAGUUGGUGGAGAAAUGGCACUGCUGCUUGUUUUGGGGGGGGGGGGGAGAACUGGUCUGUUAGAAUGCACUGAGGCAUCUGAUCGUAGAUGAGAAUGUUGUCGUCGAGAGGUAUCGCUUAAAGCUUUCAUUGUGAUUGGUGAUGAGCCAGUUUGGCUAUUGGAGCAUCUCUGGUGGCAGCGUGUGCCAUGAGCAUCGCUGUGCUGGUGCAGGAGGCGGCUGGGAGCAGCGUUGUGCAAAUACACCCUUUGCAUAUUUAGUACCACCUGUUCAAAUGGAAAACAAAACUGUUGUGCUGUUUGGGAUUCCUUCUCAGAAUAAAGUUCUAAUAAACGAAUCCAGUGCGUUGAGAUUCCCUCUGUGUCUCACUCUUUCUCCUGCCUUAGCAGCUGCUCCCCUCUGCUUUCAGCGCAGAGCUGGGCCGUUCCCACCAUGAAGCUCCAGGAGUUCUCAGAGCAAAAGGGAAUUAUUCCAAGAAUAAAGCAGAGCUGUGACUCCAGGCACCACACAGUUGUAGGCAGAUGGCAAACAAGCUGGUUGGUCGAAGCCUUUCUUUUCUACUUACCCAUCUCAACCACGUGUGCCUAUUUGUACUGCGGCCGUGCAGGGGCAUGGACCCAUAGGUGAGUGUUGGAGGUGUAUGCAGUGCUUUGUGCUCUUUCUCCCCUUCCAGUCAAAUUGUUCUUGCCAAAAUUUUCUACCUGUUGCAGGAGUUGCUUUCUUUCCAGCACAGCCCCACCGCCCGUAGGCACCUGUACAGUGCACACAGCAGUCCUCAGAUCUCUGCAGGCUUUAAUACCAUCGAGUUGGGUGUAUUGUAAACCAACUGUAUUAAAAAAUAAUAAUAAAUUUUUUUUUGAAACGCAUAUGCACUGUUUUAUUAUUUUUAUACUUCUCAAGCUGCUUUCCCCCCCCACCCCGCCUGCAGGAGGGGAUGUUUGGAGGCUGCAUCCACCCGCCUCCAUUUGCUUUCAUGCCAUGUAAAGGUCCUCAAUCCGGCUUUCGUUGUCCACGCAGGGCUCCGCUCUGCACCAGCCCCUCCUCUGCUGCUCUCGCUUCGGUUUCCCCCCUUGUAAACAUAACAAAUGAUGAGAAAAUUCCUGUGUUUGUUUUUUCUUUAUCACGUCGCUUUGCUUCAGGUUGAAGUGUAAUUCUCACUAAGAACUGCAAUAAAAAAGACGAAAGCUU